CGUCUUCCGGCUUUCCGUCUUCCGCUCUCCAUGUCUCGCCGCCGCGCACCUCAAAACCUUUCCCCACCGGCCACCGUCGGCUCCCAAUCUGCGCGAACUCGCCGUUCCACAAGUCUCCUCCGAUUGGCUGCUUCUCGUCUCCACGGCUAUGGCGGGGGGGGGGGGGGGGGCAGGAAGAAGAGGGCAACGAAGGGUUCCAAGAAGAAGGGCAUGGCACGGGACGUGGUGGCCGAGCUCACCGACGACGUCCUCGUCGACAUCAUCUCGCGCGUGCCCGUAAAAUCGCUCUGCCUCUGCAAAAUGGUCUGCAGGCGCUGGCGCAACCUCAUCUCCCACCCGGAGCACCGCAAGAGGCUGCCCCAGACCCUUGACGGCUUCUUCUACGAGAGCUACGACGGAAACCGCUUCCCGAAAUCGGCUCGCCAUUUCACCAACGUCUCAGGAGCAGGCGCGCCUCUGAUCGACCCCUCCCUGUCGUUCCUGCCCAAAUGUGAGAGCACUGACAUCGUGGACAGCUGCAAUGGACUCUUGCUUUGCCGCUGCUGGAAACCCACUGAUCCGGUGAAAAUGGACUACGUCGUCUGCAAUCCCGCCACUGAGAAAUGGGUGGUUAUUCCCGACUCCGGCUGGUCCAGCAAGGACACACCCGAAGGUGAGAAAUUGGUGCAUGUUCCCGGCUACGGCUGGUCCGGCACGGGCGCAUUUUACAAGGGGAGGAUCGCUCGAUUGGGGUUCGACCCAGCCGUCUCCUCCCACUUCCACGUGUUUGAGUUCAUACCAGAUGAUGUUUGGUAUAUGGACGAUGAAGAGAUGAAGGAGAACGAUUUUGAUGGAAGGAUGCAGCCGUCUCCUCCAAAACUGGAGUUUGGAGUUUCAACGAGGACUAUUUUGAAUGGGGUGGUCAGUUUGCGAUGCCCAGGGAUUCAAUAAGUGUAUUUUUCAAUGGGGUUCUGCAUCUGACUACUUUUUAUGGCGUGGUAGUAGCCAUUGACGUGGAGGGAAAUAUUUUGAGAGGCAUCCCUAUUCCUAUGCCAGACUAUGAUGAAUAUAAUCCUGGUGGUGUUUACGUAUCUUAGGGACACUUGUAUUUUUCAUCUAUGUAUGUAUCUGAUAAAUCUGAAGACUAUGAACUAUCAGUCUGGGUUCUUAA